AUGGCCGACGGAUGGCUUUUCAAGUUGUUUCUUCUCAUGUUGUUGCCACCAUUGACGUUUUCUGUAUCAGAUUCUGAGGCCUUGUUACAACUCAAGAAAUUUUUUACAAAUUCUAGUGCUCUUAAUUCUUGGGUGCCAAGCUCAGUCCCUUGCAAUAAACAAACACCUUGGGGUGGAUUGCUUUGUCAUAAUGGUGUAGUUCAGGGUUUGCGUCUUGAAGGAAUGGGGUUAUCAGGAAGUAUUGAUGUGGAUGCUUUGGUUGAGAUUAAGGGUUUGCGCUCUCUCAGUGUUAUUAACAAUUCUUUUCAAGGAGUCAUUCCCCAACUCAAUCGAUUGGGGGCUUUAAAGGCUUUAUUCUUAUCAGGGAAUCAAUUUUCGGGUGAAAUCCCACCCCAUUUUUUUACUAACAUGAAAUCAUUGAAGAAAGUUUGGUUAUCACAUAACAAAUUCAUUGGGGGCAUUCCAUUUUCAUUGGGUCAGUUGCCUCAUCUCAUCGAAUUACACUUGGAGAACAAUCAAUUCAGUGGACAUAUUCCGUCUUUUGAUCGCCCAAAUUUGAAGUCCAUAAAUUUAUCAAACAAUAGACUUGGGGGGGAGAUCCCUAUUAGUUUAUCAAAUUUCAGUGCAAACUCAUUUGCAGGAAAUCCAGGUCUUUGCGGGAAAAUUUUGGGUGUUAACUGUACCAAGCCAGUUCAAAAUACUGCAAAAUUAGUGACGAAUCAAAAACGUGUGGUUGGUAAAUCUGGUAAAAAAUUGACCCCGAAGAUUAUUGUCGCACUCAUAACGUUAGGAGUGAUGCUGGUUUUUGUAAUUAUCUUAGCCGCAAUGAGAUGGAUGAAGAAGAAGAAGAAGAAGGGUCCCAACGGUCCAACCACUAGCUCUGAAGGAGCCAUCGAAGUGCAGGUUUCGGUGCCAACUGCGAAAGAAGAGGAAGUAAAUAGAAAAAGAAGUGGAAGCUCUUCUCGUAAAGGGUCGGGUCUUGUAAAGGGAGGUGGUGGUGCAGCGGAGCUAGUCAUGGUAAAUGAUGAAAAAGGUAGUUUUGGGUUGACAGAGUUGAUGAAGGCAGCCGCAGAAGUGCUGGGAAAUGGGGAGCUAGGGUAUUGUUAUAAGGUGACGAUGGCUAAUGAAGUUCCGGUGGUUGUAAAAAGGAUGAGAGAUAUGAAUGCAUUAGGGAAAGAUGAGUUUCAUAAACAAGUCAAACAAUUUGGAAAUCUACGACAUCCCAAUAUUUUAACACCUUUAGCUUACCAUUACCGAAGAGAAGAAAAGCUUCUAGUCUAUCAAUACCUUCCUAAUGGUUGUUUGCUUUACCAAUUGCAUGGUGAGCAUGACACAUCCCAUGUUGGACUUGAUUGGCCUGCCAGACUAAAGAUUGUGCAAGGAAUUGCCAAGGGACUGGAUUAUCUUCACACGGAACUUGCUUCCCUUGAUGUGCCUCAUGGCAAUCUCAAAUCAAGCAAUGUAUUACUUGGCCCUGAUAAUCAUCCAUUUCUCUCGGAUUAUGGAUUUUGCUCAUUAGUAAACACCGACAGGGUCGAAGCUUUGUUUGCGUAUAAGACCCCAGAUGUUAUACAACACGGAAAUGUAUCUCCUAAAAGUGAUGUAUAUUGUUUAGGAAUUGUGAUUCUUGAGAUCCUUACAGGGCGAUUCCCAUCUCAAUAUCUUAAUGAUGGGAAUCGUGGAACCGAUGUAGUCCAAUGGGCGGAAUCAGCAUUUGCUGAAAGUCGACAGGCAGAAAUGCUUGAUCCAGAAAUAACCAGCUCCCAAAAUUCAUCACUCGCCAACAUGGAGAAGCUCCUCCAUAUAGGCUUACUUUGCACUCAAACAAGUGUUGAGACUCGUUUAGAAAUAAAAGAAGCCCUUAGAAUGAUAGAGGAGGUAAAAGUAGAGGAAGGCCCCCCUCUCGAUAUUAGUAUAGAAUAA